UCACAUCUGAUUGGCUGCUUUGGAGGAAGUAAACACCAUGUGAUUUUGCGGAUCAGCUGACCCACCGUAGACAUCUUUACGAGUCACGACUGCGGCUUUUCAUUCAUACCCGUUUGUCUGUGUAUUCCCAGGCCCGGGCGGAGCUGCGACCAUCAUGGCGCUGAGCGACGCGGACGUCCAGAAACAGAUCAAGCAUAUGAUGGCCUUUAUCGAGCAGGAGGCCAAUGAGAAGGCAGAAGAAAUAGAUGCAAAGGCAGAGGAAGAGUUCAACAUAGAGAAGGGCCGCCUGGUCCAAACUCAAAGGCUGAAGAUAAUGGAGUACUACGAGAAGAAAGAGAAGCAGAUUGAGCAGCAGAAGAAAAUUCAGAUGUCAAAUUUGAUGAACCAGGCUCGACUGAAGGUACUAAAGGCCCGCGAUGACAUGAUCUUGGAAUUGCUGAAUGAGGCGUGCCAGCGGCUCGCCAGUAUUGCAAAAGAUCCAUCCAAGUAUCCAGCUCUAUUGGACGGGUUGGUUUUACAGGGGCUCUAUCAACUUUUGGAGCCCAAAGUGACUAUUCGCUGCCGUAAACGGGAUGUUCAGUUGGUGCAGGCAUCCAUCCAGAGGAAUAUUCCCAUAUAUAAAUCCGCUGUGAAGACCAAUGUGGAGGUCCGCAUUGACCAGGACAACUUUCUCUCCCCAGAUGUUUCUGGAGGCAUUGAGAUCUAUAAUAGCGAUGGGAAGAUUAAGGUGUCCAACACCCUGGAGAGUAGGUUGGACCUCAUGGCUCAGCAGAUGAUGCCUGAAAUCCGUGUGGCUCUCUUUGGUGCCAACCCAAACCGCAAGUUUAUGGACUGAGUAGCCCUGCUGUGUUCGAGAACUGCUGGUCUUCUGUUUGUCUUUUUUUUAUUUUUGUCAUAUGAAAGACAUCAUUCCUUCGUCUGUGAAAAGAAUUUGUGAUGCCGGAGAUUUGUCGUCAUGUGAUGUAUUGCUGUAAUUUUUUUUCUUCUGUGCAUCAAACGACCUGAAGGGUGAUGCAGCUCGACGUUACAGAUGUGCAUUGUGGGUACUGCACAGUCAUUGUGACUGGUUUACUCUGCUGCUGAUCAGAUCAUUAGGACACAAACACACAUUCUGUCUCAUUUUCACAAUUUUAUGCACUUCAGCACCAUGUGAUGAGCUUCACGGAGCGUUGCGUUGCUAAAGAGUGUCUGCUAGGUCCAAUCACAGAGUGCAGAAAGAAACUACAAAUGUCUUACAAGUUAAUCUAUUGAAGUACGUCAACUGUACGCUGCAUUUGAAGGAGUGGGUGAUGUCGUUCCAUGUGGUGCACUGUAUGUAUAUGAGGCUUCCAGAUUAAGUUAUGUGUGGUUUUUAUUCUUCUCUUAAGUGUGUCUCCAACUGAAAAUAUUGUGGAAAUGUACAACAUAAUAAAGUAUUAUCUAUUGGUAUUA